AUGCAGCUGAAACUUGCAUGGCAAGUGUUUAUCCAGCGGGACCAAGGCCACUGUGGCUCCUCCUCAGCCCUGGACUUCAGGGGCAUCACCAUCUGGCCGGACACACUCCCAGCCUUCGUUGAAGAAUGCCUCGUGGUGGUAGCAGGUGGGAGCACACUUUGUCAGGUUAGCUUCUCCCACGUCAACAGCUGCAACUUGCUGCUCAACAACAUGAAGCUGGUUAAAAAGAUCUGCAGGACCCUGACUGACCGACGUAGACAUGUAUACGUCACCAAAGAAACCAGUCUGACCUCCGUCCACGUGUCCCAGGGCCUUAUGAUGCUAUCUGAAGUCUUAUCAGGGGUGUGGACCAUAUCCAAUCCAGACCAAGAGCCCAUACACUCCCAAGGCUGUUCCCACCAUGGUACUAUCAUCAAGGCAAAUAUCCUCUUCCAGCUGGCAGACCUGUCAGAGCCCCAUAGGCAGCAGUUGGGCAGUGACGGUGCCCACCCCAUUUUCAUCCAGGUGGCAGAGUCGGUCUACAGGCUCACCCUUGGCUCAGUGGCAGGGGGUCUGGUACCACAGCUACUGGGUGUGGCACUUGAGAAAGCCAUAAAGCUCACAGUGAAUUGCUAUGUGCAAGGAAAGACCAGGGAGAAAGGUGUCACGGUCCCUGUGGUUGCUGAGGUUCUGGACACUGGAUGUGCUGCUGGCUCACACGUGACCUUCACUAACCCUCUGGUGAUAAUAAGGAUCCAUCUGCAGGUGGCAGGACAGGUCGCCUUGGGGCCGGGGAUCAGUGCCCUGUCCGUCAAUAGGGACCUAGGCUACCUUGGACUUUGCAAGGGCUCCAAGGCUUGUUUUCUGUGGGACAUCCCUUUCUCAGCCAUCUACUUCCCCUGCUAUGCCCACACGAAGCUUUCCCUCGAUGAGGAGGAUGGAAGGAUAGGCCCAGCUAAGAUGCUGUUUGCUGGGGCUCUGGCAGGCAUUCCAGAGACCUCUCUGGUGACCCCAGCAGACGUGAUAAAGACCAGGCUACAGGUGGUGGCACAUGCUGGGCUGACCACCUACAGCAGAAGAUCCUCAGAGGAGAGGGGCUCUGCGCUUUCUGGGAGGGAGCCGGAGGUACGAUCGUGAGCUCAAACAUCUUGUGACUAUACAAUGGGGACACUUUAAAGUCCUGUGUUCAUCCUCCACACUUAGUUUCAUUUUCCUUCUCCAGUCUCUG